ACACAGAUCUCUCUCUCUCUAACGAUCAACGCGUAGUCUCUCUCUGUAUCUAUAUCUAUAUCUAUAUCUAACAACAGCAGUUACACCUACUCACUCACCCCAACACAGGGUUCAGAAUAUCACGGUCGGUAAGGAACACAAUAAAAUGGUGAAGAUCUGCUGCAUUGGAGCUGGAUAUGUCGGAGGCCCUACUAUGGCUGUCAUAGCACUCAAGUGUCCUGAUAUUGAAGUUGCAGUGGUCGAUAUUUCUGUGCCUCGGAUCACAGCCUGGAACAGUGACCAGCUCCCUAUCUAUGAACCGGGUCUUGAAGAUGUUGUGAAGCAAUGUAGGGGCAAGAACCUCUUUUUCAGCACAGAUGUGGAGAAGCAUGUGUUUGAGGCAGAUAUAGUAUUUGUUUCAGUUAAUACCCCGACCAAGACUCGAGGUCUUGGUGCUGGAAAAGCUGCAGAUCUAACGUACUGGGAGAGUGCUGCUCGUAUGAUUGCUGAUGUGUCAAAAUCUGAUAAGAUUGUUGUUGAGAAGUCAACUGUUCCUGUCAAAACAGCAGAGGCGAUUGAAAAGAUUCUCAUGCAUAACAGCAACGGAAUCAACUUCCAGAUUCUUUCCAACCCAGAAUUUCUUGCUGAGGGAACUGCAAUUGAAGAUCUUUUUAAACCUGAUAGAGUCCUCAUUGGUGGCCGGGAAACCUCAGCUGGCCAGAAAGCAAUCAAAACACUGAAGGAUGUUUAUGCUCACUGGGUUCCUGAAGAAAACAUCAUCACGACCAAUCUAUGGUCCGCAGAACUUUCAAAGCUUGCUGCCAAUGCUUUCUUGGCACAAAGAAUCUCAUCUGUCAAUGCCAUGUCAGCUCUUUGCGAGGCAACAGGUGCAAAUGUUAGUGAGGUUUCGUAUGCGGUUGGGAAGGAUACUAGAAUCGGUUCAAAGUUUUUGAAUUCCAGUGUAGGAUUUGGAGGUUCUUGCUUCCAGAAGGACAUUUUGAACUUGGUCUACAUUUGUGAGUGCAACGGCCUCCCUGAAGUGGCGGAAUACUGGAGGCAAGUCAUCAAGAUCAAUGACUAUCAAAAAUCCCGUUUUGUUAACCGUGUUGUAGCCUCUAUGUUCAACACUGUUGCCAAUAAGAAGAUUGCCAUCCUUGGGUUUGCCUUCAAGAAAGACACAGGUGAUACCCGAGAAACCCCAGCCAUUGAUGUUUGCAAGGGUCUAUUAGGCGAUAAGGCCCGUUUGAGCAUCUACGAUCCACAAGUCACAGAAGAUCAGAUUCAGAGAGACCUUUCCAUGAACAAGUUCGAUUGGGACCAUCCUCUUCACCUUCAGCCAAUGAGCCCCACAACUGUGAAGUUAGUGAGCGUUGUUUGGGACGCUUAUGCAGCCACCAAGGAUGCACAUGCUGUUUGUAUUUUGACCGAAUGGAAUGAAUUCAAAACCCUGGAUUUCCAAAAGAUAUAUGACAACAUGCAGAAACCUGCGUUUAUCUUUGAUGGAAGGAACGUCGUUGAUGGUGACAAAUUAAGAGAGAUUGGUUUCAUCGUUUACUCAAUUGGUAAGCCGUUGGAUGCCUGGCUCAAGGACAUGCCUGCUGUGGCCUAAAUCAACUGGGUUCAUCAUUUACUCUCUCUGGACGGUAACUAUUUUUCUUAAUCCAUGUUAUCUUUCUAUAAGAAAGCCUCCUGUAUUGUAUCAACUGAGCUUAUUAUACAUUUGAUUCUGUAUUACUAUUACUUGUUUCAACAUAUUGACUAGGAAUGUGUAGAGCAAAGGUCUUUCUUUGUCAUAUUAAUUUUUAUUGUUGUAUUUCAUUUUGCAUUAUAUAUCUAUGUAUUGUAGUA